CAAUGUGAGAAGAGCUUCAGACUCAGCUCCAAAUUGGACGAGCACAUCCGUACCCACAGCAAAGAGAAGCCCUACAAGUGCCCCGAGUGCGGCAAGUCCGUCAGGAACAAGGGCAGCCUGGUCCAGCACCAGAAGACCCACGGCCGUAAAAAACUCCACCAGUAUAAAGUGUGUGAGAGGAUAUCUAAGAAGAAGAUCUGUCUGAUCCGGCACCAGCGCAUCCACAGUGGUGAGUGGCCCUACAAGUGUGGGGAGUUUGGGAAGAGCUAUUUGCAGAGCUCCAACCUGAUCAGACACCAGCGCAUACACAGCGGUGAGAGGCCUUACAGGUGUGGGGAGUGCGGGAAGGCCUUCAAUCAGUGCAACAACCUGGUCACACACCAGCGCAUCUAAAGCGGUGAGCGGCCCUACAAGUGUGGGGAGUGCAGGAAGAGCUUUGCACAGAGCUCCAGCCUGAUCACACACCAGUGGUCUCACAGCAGCUACCGGCCCUACAAGUGUGGAGAAUGUGGAAAGGCUUUUAAUUAUCGCUCCAGCCUGAUCAGACACCAGCAGACCCUCACAGGUGAGCAGCCGUACGCCUGUGACCAGUGCGAGGAGAGCUUCCAGUUCAAGCGCAG